GCCGCUCGCCGCGCUCGCGGGGCACCGGUCGCGGCGCUGCCGCGGUGUGUGGUAGCCAUGGACUCCCCGUGGGACGAGCUGACACUGGCCUUCUCCCGCACGUCCAUGUUCCCCUUUUUUGACAUCGCCCACUAUCUAGUGUCCUUGAUGGCUCUGAAGCGUCAGCCGGGAGCAGCGGCAGUGGCAUGGAAGAAUCCAGUUUCAAGCUGGUUUACUGCUAUGCUCCACUGCUUUGGUGGGGGAAUUUUAUCCUGUAUACUGCUUGCAGAGCCUCCGUUGAGGUUUCUUGCAAACCACACUAAUAUUUUGCUGGCAUCUUCAAUCUGGUAUAUUAUAUUUUUUUGCCCAUACGACCUAGUUUCUCAGGGCUAUUCAUUCCUACCUGUUCAACUCCUGGCUGCGGGAAUGAAGGAAGUGACCAGAACUUGGAAAAUAGUAGGUGGAAUCACACAUGCUAAUAGCUAUUACAAAAAUGGCUGGCUAGUCAUGAUAGUUAUUGGAUGGGCCAGAGGUGCAGGUGGUACCAUUGUCACAAAUUUUGAGCAGUUAAUAAAAGGAUAUUGGAAACCAGAAAGUGAGGAAGAAUGGCUGAAGAUGACCUACGCUUCUAAGGUAACACUCCUGGGGUCAGUCAUCUUCACAUUCCAGCACACCAAGCAUCUGGCAAUAUCAAAGCAUAAUCUUAUGUUCCUUUAUACCAUUUUUCUUGUGACCACAAAGAUAACCAUGAUGAUUACAGAGACUUCUACUGUGACUCUGGCUCCCUUUGAGGACACAUUGAGUCGGAUGCUGUUUGGCUGGCAGCAGCAAUUUUCAUCAUUUGAAAAGAAAAGUGAAACAAAACCGUCUUCCAAUGGCACUGGGUCAUCAGCCUCAAAACCUGUAGCUGAUGCUUCAGAUAACGUUAAAAAGAAACAUACUAAGAAGACUGAGUAAAUUUACCUUCUAUGAACUCUAGAAAGCAAAAUUUUUUUUUCUUAUCUACCUACCUGAUUGUGAUAAUAUUUCUGCGUGAAUGAUGUGAAAUAAAGAUUACAUGUAAGGAAUGGAGGUGAGAAAAAGAAAGAAAUUCUUUCUGUGUCAGAGAGUCUAGCCCUUUCUGGAUUGUAAUUCUUGAAUGUUAAGGGUUGUAUAAUGUGAAUUUGUUUACUGAUAUAAAAUAUUCUGUUGUGAUUAUUUGAAUAGAUUAAAUUGAUAAAAGAGACUAGAUUUUUUAAAUGAUAGAAAAAGUAUACCUAUCAUUUCAAAAGAAGAAAAAUUUUAAACUUUUAAAGAAUUUAGAAAUUUUCAUACAUAUUUUUAAUUUGAAUGUGUUUGAGCUUUAGUUCAACAGAAUUAAACUUUUAUUUCACAUUACCAUUAUCAUUGCUAAGUAUAGCAAGCAAUUCCUAUUUAAUUUGUAACACUGGGUAAACUUUUCCUAAAACACUUCAUAUAUUAUAAAUGUAAAUAAAUUGCUAGUUUAUAUUACAGA